CCCCAAUGUUCUCUCAACUUGGCCAACUUUGGAUACUCAUUUAAGAAUUGUAUUUAUAUAUUUUGUCAUUUCCAAUGCACCAUGUCGACGUCCGUCCAAGUCGAGCCCGUUGCGGAGAAGAUCUACGGAGGAGUGGGACGUUGCAAGUGCUCCUUCUGGUUUGCAGUUGCUCACGAUAUCUUGGGAGUUUUUAUUAUUAUGAUCGGAGUUUUCGGAGGCCUGGCCGUCCAUGAUUUAUUUGUCUACGCCGGGGCUAUCAUCAUCUUCUUGAGUCUGAUUUGGUGGAUCUUCUGGUAUUCCGGGAACAUCGACGUACCUCCUGAGGACCUGCAGGACGACGUGGGCUUUCAGAAAGUCAGAAACCGCGGACUCACUAAAGUGGUGAGGAGGGUGUCCGAUCGGCUCUCUACUGGGAUCAGGAAUUCUUACAGGAAAAAUGGGAAAAGCAGUACCCGUGGUUCUACAUCAGGACAACCAGUGGAUCAAGAUGUAACGCUUGCAACUAUUUUUGACACUAAUAUUAUGUCGUCACCUUCUACAGAACUGACAAGGAACUCAUUAGUGAUUUAAAGACUGCAAAGUACAGAUUUAAACGUUUAUCUCCUUUGCUUCUAAAAGGGUUUUGCAUUUCAAGCACUUACUGUAAUGAUUAGACAGCACUGAAGAGAUAAGAGGGCUGUGUCCAUAUCUAGCUGAUAACAAAGAGCCUCCACGUGGAAAUGAUAAAUAAACCCUUUGUUUUUGGUGAUAAUUCACUGAUUCACAGGAUGGUGUGAUGUAUGGUGUGAUAUUUGUAACUUAAAAUACAUGACUUGUUUGAUAAAUGUUGUGUGAGUGUCAAUAUUUAAGUUUUUGCUGAUAAAAUGUAUGAAACAUAUGUUGGAGUGCAGCAAUUUGCAUGUUGAUUUGAGUUUUUAAGUCAGAUGCCUUUCCUGAUUCAACCUGUAUUUAUCCUGGUUUACUAUUGCAAAGAUGUUCUGAAAUGGACAGAAGACACUUGUAUAUUAUAUGCACUUGUACAUUGAAUGCAGGCCCUAUGCAUAAAAUACAUAUAAUUUCAGUCUGCUCUAUUUUACACUCCAUUGAACUUCAUCAUCUUUGAGUAUGUUAGAUAUGUUGCACUAAAGUAAUAUGCACGGUGA